CCAAAAUGGCGACGUAAUGUGCCCACAUUAUUGCAUUAUUAUUGCAGCAGCAUUUGUGCGGAAUACUCUCAAGCGACAGUGCCGUGUUAAGCAUAAAUGUAGCGAUAAAGAUGUCCACAAGGAGGAGCCGCAUCAGUGUGCGUCCCAAUGUUGGACCCAGAGCACCCAAAGCAGUGGCAACACCCGCUAAGGAUGUGAACAAAACAGAUGUAGACAGUUCUGCAAAGGAAAAAGAGCAGUCACAGUCUGGAUCCAGUGACACAACAAUAUCAGUGUCCAAGAGAGCCAGUGAUGCAGCACCAGAACCACAAAAAGCUUCCCCUAAGACUCGUAGGCAGUCUGGUAGCCAGAAAACUGAUGUAUCUCUGGCCACAGAUAAUUCUUCUGUCAAUGCCAGUUCAAGCAGUGAUAUCACCCGUACAUCAACAAACACAAGUGCAAAAACGCAAGUUGGUAUCUUGAACUCUGAGAAAAACAGCAAGGAUGCAGAUGUUGUGGCUUGCCAAAACAAAAAGAUGCCUCUUGCCAGACCAAGGAAUAAAAGCAGUGAUACAAAUAAGACAUCAAAUGAAAACCAAUUAAGUACAAAAAACAAAGAGAAUGACUUAGAUAAAUCAGAAGGACCUGCAGUUGCAGCAGCACCUAGGCCUUUGACUCGUGGUUCUGGUGAAGAGGUGCUAUCAGAUUCAAACGUGCCCACUGAACCUCUGCCUGGCUCCAAACCUCCAGAGGUAACUAGACCAAGAAGCAGGUUCAUUAGACCAAAGCCAAAUUUGAGUGAAGCUGGGAGACUCAGAGUCAGGCAUCCUUCCAUGAGUGCUAGUGAUUCAGAAGAUGAUUUUCACAGACAGCCUCCAUCAGUCCAGAGGUUGACAAGUCUUCCCAGCUUGCCAAAUACUCCAGGCUCACCUGGCCCUGUGGGGCAAACGCCUGCCUUUUCUGGCCUUUCAAGUGGAAAUGUACAGGCAACCACAAAUGACCCAGUCCAGGAAUCCACUGGAAAAGAAGAGGUGCAAAAUAAACAACCAGAAAAGAAGGUGCGUCGCAAGAGAGAAAAAGUCCGAACUGUGCCAAGUGAUCGCACAAAGAUGACUAUGAAGGAUUUAAUCUAUUAUAACCCAAGUCCUGCUGAGAGAUCAGAGAAGACCACGGCACGUAGGGCUUCCAUUGAUUCUGUGAGCAGUAUUGUUAGGGACACUCCACUGAGCAAAGACCAAGUAUUGGAGUCUCUCUGUGAAAAUGUACCUCAGUCGCCUUCCAUGCCUCCAAAACAGCCAGUAAAAGAUGGGAACGAGGAUGACGAUGAUGAUGGCAUGGCUCUUCCUGUACCUCAGGUUAAAGUAGGACCUGAUGGCAGCAUUAUCAUAAAUGAGGAGAGCAUGGUGAUUGACAGUCCUGCCAGGCCUGUAGUAGAGACAGGAGAGGUGGUACAUGAAGAUGGGGAGAACGAGACAACUUACUCCAGUUUUAGGAAUAAACAAAAACAUAAAGUCUGGUCCACCAAAGAAACUAUCAAGUUUUACAAGGCCUUGAGUAUAGUUGGCACUGAUUUUUCCAUGAUGUCUGAUAUUAUCCCAAAGCGCACAAGAUUGGAACUGAAGAACAAGUUCAAAAGAGAGGAAAGAACCAAUAAGUCACUGAUUGACAGAGCUUUGAGAGAAAGACAAGACUUUGAUCCAGACCUUUUCUCCCAUUCCGACUCUGAAAAUGAGCCUGAAGUAGCAAAUGCAAAACAAGUGAAGCAAAAAGCAGGAAGAAAAAGAAAAGAUUAUGAUCAGCAGAGCAACAAAGAUGCAAAUACAAAUACUUCUGCGGCUACUAGGAAUAAGAGAAAAAAGAAAAGUAAGAAAACUGCAUAUGAAGAUAGUGAUUCAGCUGAUGAGGUUAUUGAAGAGGAUAAGACCAAUACAGAAGCCCCUGAAGUAUACAUUAAAAAGGCCAUGAAAGAAGGUGGGACUAAAACAAAGCAGGAUAGUGAAGAGGAGGAGGAAGAAGAAGAAGAGGAGGAGGAAGAUGAAAUAAUAACCAAGAUCUGUCGUCCAACUAAAUCUGGUAGAGUACCUAAACCUGUACAAUCAUUGCAUAUAGAGAACAGUAGGACAAUCAGAAAACAAAGGACACACUUUACCAAACAAAUUACUUCAUCAGGAGAAGAAACAGUAGGUGGUCAUCCUACUCUGCCAAGAGCUGCUACAGGUCCAUUGACACAUCAGAAGUUACUGCAGACACCACCAAAUGUGCUCAGACAGGGGGUCAGGAGUCCCCAAUUUGUGUCCUUGACAUCACCAAUCUCAGGUCAAGGUGAAGGUCAGAUCAAUGUCAGCCAGUUGUCCCCAGGACAGCAGCUGGUGUUUGUGACAGGCAGCCCCGCUGCUGCUGCUCCUAGUAAUCAGACUGCGGGUGGUAAGAGAUUUAUCCAUGUCUUCAUGAUGUCCCCAACAGGGAGUCUUCAACAAGUACAAGGGGAGCAAGGGCCAGUAGCCUGGAAUUCAAACCAAGGUCAUCCAAACAAUACUCAGGGAAAUAUAAUAAGACAUGUACCCUCACCCUCUGGUGUUCAGUCAUCACCAUUAAGAUCAAUACUCGCCAGCCCACAGCAGCACAAUCAACAACAGCAACUAUUACAUCAGAAUGUUGUCUUGUCUCAAGGGCAUCAAAAUGGACAGUUGGUGUCAGAUACCUCUUUACACCAGACAGGGACCUCGAGUUUUCAGUCACACCCUAUACGCGAUGCAGCACUUUUGACAGGAGCGCCUUUAAUCGCUAAACAUGCACGUGGGAAUGUGCCGGAAAUGAGCCCGUCAGAUGGCGGCAGCUGUUUGACAGAAUUCACACCAGUUGGUAUGAAUCCUUUAAAUAACAACGAAGGACAUGAAAAUGUAGUUCAGAUACCAAGUCCAAGCCAACAAGGAAGCACCUGAGUAAUCUGUAUUCAGAAUGUUCUCAUUUUUUACUGGUCAAUUAUGUUGAUGCAUCUUGUUGAUCUCAUCAAUCUUAUUUAUUAAAUUUCUUACCAGAAGGCAACGUAAAAGGCCCUUACAGCAGAAACUUUUCAUAAGCAACAGCACUUGUAUUUCUUAUGAUGUGAGAUUUAUUUAUUUUUUCUUAUUAAUUGCGUUCGUCAAAUGUAAAAGUGCGAUUGAUUAGCUCCUGUACGCUUUUGAUGUAGGAUGUCUCUUUGUUGUAUGAUGUUUUUGAAUUCCCCAGAUCUGUAAAAACUAGUAGAUCACUUUUCAGCUAAUUGCGUUUGCAACGUUUUUCACUUUGUUAUGGACUUAAACAGAAAAUGCAUCGUAGUUUAAUUUACUGUUUUCAGUUGCCAUUCAGGUUACAGCAAAAUGUUAAAUGUUUUUCCCCUUAAAUUAAUGCUGUAAAGAUAUAUCCCUAUAAUUAAAAAAUAUAUCACUAUAAACAACAUAAUUCCACAUCUUGUGUUGCUGAGGUACGGAGUCAAUCGACAUUUUUUUUGCCAUGCGCAUCUAACUUGUGUACAUUUAUAAUGGUACAAAGAAAUAAACCUGUCUUUAUUUCC